GUCAGUCAACAAACAGUUAAAUAAUAUUUAAGUAAAUAAAAGUUAGAGUUGUUGAUUUUAAUUGCUAAUUGCGGCUACUUAAUCCGGAUGGGUUUAUGUUCAAAAGCCUUCAUUCGAUUCACGUUUUUUUUUUCUAUUUUUUGUUUGAAUGGAAGAGAAUAUAAUCUUUAAUAAUAAUUGCAAUGCCUUUGUCCGCAUUCAGUACAAACAGUGCGCUCCCGUUGCCCUCUGUGAAAGACUAUGCGUUGUCGCCAUCUUGUGGUGAUACUCUGCAAAUGCAACUGCAGGCUGUGUUUACAGUUGCUAAGCAAUAAGUAGAGGCAUUACAACUUUUACACCAGCUGAGGCUCCAACCGUCUUUAUUGUUCUAUCAUGUCAGGAAACGAGAAAUUGGAUACGGUUCACCAGAACGCGAUUCACAUCGAGACGAUACGGAAAGAGCAGAGACACCAGAGACUACACACCGAAUUCAGCAUCAACCCGCGACGGAAAUUACACAUUCUGCCAGAUAAACCCAUGUCCAGAAAACCACCGGAAGUGAUUGAGGAGAACUCGGACUUCAUAGAGGCCUUCCAUAAGGCACGGCAGGAGCCCACCAUGAAAUACACCAUGCCGAUGACAGAGAGUCAGGAGAUAGGAUGGGUGUCAGCUCCACUGGUUUCAUCAAACCGCAGCGACAGGAGACUGAAUUUCUGCCGAACCAGCACAGACAUCACCAGGCACAAAGAAUCAGCUCUACGUUCAGGAAGUUAGUCUCCAGAAAAGACAGGGAAAAAUUAAAAAAAAAA